AUGGUCAUUAAUGGAAACCGGUUACAUGUGCCAGCAUCUGAUGAGUAUGGUAUACACUCCGAGAUUGAAACAUAUACAGAAAAGGCUAAACAGAUUACAGCCCAAAUCAAAGCCGAUAAACAAGAAUGUCAACAUAUAAUAUCGACAUAUGCAGCGGAUCCAAAUGAAAUUCUUCACUUAAUCGGCCGAUGGACACAACAGGAAAUUGAAGAAUAUCGAGGUAAUAAAUCCAUCUUUAAGAAUACUAUGAAAGAAAAGUGGCUAAACAAUGAACUGGCCAAUUCAAAAACAGACGCUAACAAUAGUAAGAUGAAACUAAUUUUGUCAAAUUAUGAAAAAUUGCAAACUGAUGUGCAAGCUACAUUAUCAACCGCGAAUUUGAAUGAAUUAAAUAAUUUGUUCAAUAACAACAACGAUGAUGCACAAGAAGAAAAGCGAACAAAGUUAAAUGCGUUCAUCGACCAACUAUUAGAAAUAAUAUCGCUUUUAGAAUCAGUCCACGACUAUAAGUACAGCAGUAACAAUGUAAUAACAGGAGCAGAGCAAGAAGAAUACAAGCAAUCACCAUGUCAUUUAUCCAACACAAAACAACGUUUAUUACAUUUAAAGCAAUUGAAUCAAAAAGAGUUUCAUACAGUAUGCGUAUUUGGCUUAGAAAAAUGUGGCAAAUCCACAUUUAUCAAUGCACUCUUAGGAUAUAAAUUUCUGCCCGAUGCUAUUACACGUUGUACACAAAUAAAAACUAUAAUAAAGCCAAUAGUGCCCUUAAAAGAAAAUGUAUUUGCUUUGAUUGAAUAUUAUAACGAUGAAGAAUUCAAAAGAUUAUAUGCAACAAUGGCAAAAAAAGCCGAUGAAUCAGCUCAACAAUUUCAGCAACGAAAGAAGUCGGUUGAGCAAGCAAGACAAGAGUUAACGCUAUCAAAAGAAUGUUUUACGAAUGGUUCAUAUCAGGAAGAAUGUUUGACUAAACAGAGUGAUGAUAUAACUGACCGUCAACGCAUAAUUGACAAUUUACAUACAUACAUUGCAACAGAAUUACAUUUAAAUAUUGUCAAACAAGUAACGAUUUACACAAAUAACUUACCAGGUAAAAAUUAUGAAAUUCUUGAUGUACCUGGUUGUGAUUCACCAAUCGAAGAACAUCGUCUAUCAGGUGUAAAGGCUGUUCAAAAUUCGGAUGCCUUCUUCUUUUUGACUAAUGGCCAAAACCCCAGUUUAACAAACGAUCAGAUCCGUUUACUGAACGAAAUCAAAUAUGAUGGUAUUACAAAUCGUGCAUUUGCCGUCAUCACAAAACUAGAUUUAUGUCAAACAGCGGCAAAAUAUUUUGAACAUUUAACAAAGUCUUUUGAAGAAUUGAAAAAAAUGGGUUUCUCUCCACAAAAUAUUUAUCCAGCAGCAGCACAACUGACUCUUUUAGAACAAACUCAGACAACAACAGAAAUGGAACAACUGAAAGUAAAACUCCGACAAUACGAUCGUUUAACAGAUGGAUUUCAUCAAAUUAAAACAGCUUUAUCUCGUUAUGUUCAGUAUGAACUACCAAAAUCACACAUGAAACAAGUGAAUGACAUUGUUGAACAAAAUAUAAAGAGAUAUGUGAGCGAAGCUCUGUUAGUUGCAAAAGAAUUUAUUCCGGCCGAUUUCAAUACAAAAAAAUCAAUAGAUGAUUAUCUUAAACAACUAAAUGCAGAUAAAUGGGAUGAAAUAUUUGAAAAUGAUUUUUAUGAGGUAACAUUAAAAACAGCAAACUCUUGG